GACCCGUCCAGCAUGUCUGAAGUUGGAGGCUACAGGGAAACGUUCAUCGAGUCCGUUGACAAGGACCUGGAGUGUCCAGUCUGUUUCUUAGCUAUCAAAAAGCCUCUACUAACGCCCUGUGGACAUCUCAUAUGCACAACAUGUGCUGAUCAAUUGACAAGUAAUGGUGAAUUGAAAUGUCCUAUGGAGAACAACAAGUUCCCACGACAAGAAGCUGUCCCAGAUCGAUUCCACGAACGCAAAAUACUUGCACUUCGUGUGAAAUGCUCACACGAGAAAGACGGAUGUCAGUGGACCGGAGAACUGCGAUCACUCGAAGGUCACUUGUCAAGAAGUGGAGACUGCAAGUUCACCGACUUCGAAUGCAGUUUCAGUUUUGCAGGCUGCGAUGAUCUGCUCCACAGGGAUGAUCUAGAAAGUCAUGAUAAAGACCACAUGAGUGAUCAUCUCGAUCUCGUCAAGGCAGCGUAUGACGACGUGGCAAGCAAGAAUGAGCAUCUCGAACACGAAGUGACGAAACUCAAGAGUGACGUCAAUACACUCAAAACAGAAAUUUCACAAUUGAAGAGUGAUGCACCAGCUACGUUUGCUGUCGAAUGGAUCAUCGAGAAUUGGACAGCGACACUGGAGACGACCAGAGCAUUGGCAGAUCAUUAUGUCCUAAGCAGGCCAUACUACGUGUCCCACCCUGGAUACAAAGUAUGCUUGCAAGCAUACCCGAAUGGAUACGGGUCUGGUGAGUCAACACACCUCAGUCUGUUUCUCAAAAUCAUGAGAGGUCGUUAUGACAACGAGCUGACUUGGCCAUAUCCACUCAUGUAUACUAUUGUAGUUCUCGAUCAGCAGCCUGGUGGGAAGAAGGUGUCACGCAGUCAGGAUCCGCCGAUAGCAUCACCUGGUGCUGCCCCUUCUUUUCGUAGACCGACAUCUGAUUCUAACACUGCUUGGGGAUGGCACGAAUUUAUCAGCCACAAUGAACUGAUGACACGAAUGUAUACAAAGGACGACUGUGUACGAGUCAGACUGGAAGUUUUCUUAUCUUGAUGUGUACUAGUUGGUCACGUGACUAAUGUUUUAUGUGUGUUACUGCUGGCAGUUUGCGUACGUCUUUCACGUUGAAUUCAUUUGCAGAAUAUACCUGUUG